AUGCUUGCCCUGUUUGCUCUGCUGCUUGUCUGCGGGCUACCGGCCUGGGCUCAGUCCUUUCCCUCCGUCUUCAAGAAUGUGAAUCUGGUGCGCAAUACCAAUCUGGAGAAAGGCUACCUCCGGGAAACCAUCAACGUCGUCGUGGAGAAUGUCGACCAGCGUCCUCAUUACAAGUACUAUCUCCCUCUGGCCGCGGAUCUCGUUAACAAGCUGGGUGGCUUGGAAGUCCGGGAUAAGCAGUCCCCAGAGAAAGGACGGUUCGCGGUGAAAGCCGUCGAGACGAGUUCAUCCAGUGAUUUCCAGUACUAUAUGAUCCAGCUGCCCGAGCCUCUCGCCCCCAAGUCCCAGAUCACCCUGGGGAUCUCCUACUACGUACUCUCGACUCUCCAUCCUCGUCCAGCUACCAUCGGUCAAUCUGACCGGCAAUAUCUCGUUCACACCUUCUCAGCCUACGUCCCCUCAGUCUAUCCCACCGUCACCCAGAAGACCAAGCUGAAGCUACCGAGUACCAAUGUUCCCGACCACACCUUGACCGAGGGUCUUAAGUCCGGCGCGGACCCCGAACGCCAGGGCACUACUUACACCUACGGACCAUACUCGACGGCCAACGUUGCGCCCGACACCACGUACCCCGUCAGCGUCCGCUACGAAUUCACCAAGCCAGUCAUCACGGCGUCGCUACUGGAACGGGAUCUGGAAGUGUCCCACUGGGGCGGCAAUUUGGCGACCGAGGAGCGGUACUGGUUGCGCAACAAUGGCUCCCAGCUCCAGAACUGGUUCUCCCGCGUGGAAUGGACCCUCAGCAACUUCCAGCAGCUGCCGUCCUCGUCCAUCCGCGAGCUGAAGUACCCCUUGAAACCGGGCUCCGUCGACCCCUACUUUAUCGACGACAUUGGCAACGUCUCCACCAGCCACUACCGCCCUGGUAAGGCCAACCGCGACGGUUCCUUGGAGCUGCGUCCUCGCUAUCCGGUAUUCGGCGGCUGGAACUACACCUUCCGCAUUGGCUGGAACAACGAGCUGUCGACCUUCCUGCGCCGUGCCGUUUCCAGUGCCGACACGUACGUCCUCAAGGUCCCUUUCAUCGAAGGACCCAAGGCGCCCGAGGGCGUACAGUACGAAAAGGCCGUUGUCCGCGUCAUUCUCCCCGAGGGCGCCCGGAAUGUACGCUACGAGGUGAUCGACGGAGCUGCCAGUAAUGGUCUCCCUGCCGCCGACCAGAUCCAGUCCCACGUGUCCAGCCAUAAGACGUUCAUGGAUACCUUGGGUCGCACCGCAUUGACCUUGACGGUGGAGAAUCUGUCCGACGAGGCCCGCGAUUCUCAGCUAGUGGUAACCUAUGACUAUUCCUUCUGGGAUGGAAUGCGCAAACCAGUCACCAUCACUGCGGGCCUGUUGACGGUUUUCGUGGCCGCAUGGGCUGUGGGCAACAUUGACGUGAGCAUCAAAAAGCGGUAG